GACUCAGCCGGGGGGGGACGGACAGGGACGUGGUCCUGGCCUGACGUUAGCAGUGGCGUGGCCCCUAUAAUAGCGUCGUGCCCCGACUUGAGCUCUCUCUCCCUGUCAGCCUCAGAGAUGAGUCUGUCCAUCCCAGCCGUGGGGCUCAGCGGGAUAAAACCAGAGCUGGGAUACAUUCUGGCGCCGGGGCUCUGACCUCUGUUGGGAAGCGUGGACUUGAGCUGGCUCUGGUGCUGCUGGCCCGUGGGACACAGGGAGCAUCGCCUCCGCGAUAAGAAUAAGUACUCGGCUCCCGGCAGCGUCGCCGUCAUGGGGAAGGACUAUUACAAGAUUUUGGGCAUCCAGAGCGGUGCCAAUGAAGAUGAAAUCAAGAAGGCCUAUCGGAAAAUGGCCCUGAAAUAUCACCCCGAUAAGAAUAAAGACCCCAAUGCUGAGGAGAAGUUCAAGGAGAUUGCAGAGGCUUAUGACGUCCUGAGUGACCCCAAGAAACGAGCCGUGUACGACCAGUAUGGGGAGGAAGGUCUCAAAACUGGAGGUGGCUCUUCAGGUGGCUCAGGGAACACCUUCCACUACACCUUCCAUGGAGACCCCCAUGCCACCUUCGCAUCCUUCUUCGGAGGCUCCAACCCUUUCGACAUCUUCUUCGCCAGCAGCCGCUCCCGGAUGUUCAAUGGCUUUGACCAGGAAGACAUGGAUAUGGAUGAUGACGACGACCCUUUCAGUGCCUUUGGCCGGUUUGGCUUCAACGGCAUUAACGGGGUUCACCGGCGGCACCAGGAGUCCCUGCACACACGGAGGAAGGUCCAAGACCCACCUGUCAUCCACGAGCUCAAGGUGUCCCUGGAAGAGAUCUACCACGGAUCCACCAAGAGAAUGAAGAUCACUCGCAGAAGGCUCAACGCUGAUGGCCGGACCAUGCGGACUGAGGACAAGAUCCUAAACAUUGUCAUCAAACGGGGCUGGAAGGAGGGAACCAAAAUCACAUUCCCCAAGGAAGGGGAUGCCACUCCAGACAACAUCCCUGCAGACAUCGUCUUCAUCCUCAAGGACAAGCCUCACUCGCACUUCAAGAGGGACGGGACAAACGUGAUCUACACGGCAAACAUCAGUCUUAAAGAGGCCUUGUGCGGCUGCACUGUGAACAUUCCCACCAUCGAUGGACGGGUGAUCCCGCUUCCCUGCAACGACAUCAUCAAGCCAGGGACAGUGAAGAGACUACGUGGGGAGGGGCUGCCCUUCCCCAAGGCCCCCAGCCAGCGAGGAGACUUGAUCGUGGAGUUCAAAAUCCGCUUCCCGGACAGAAUAGCUCCCCAGACAAGACAGAUCCUCAAGCAGCACCUCCCAUGCUCCUAGAGCCCAGGGACUCUCCUCCAAAGCAGCAAUACUCCAAACGCAUGUGCCACAGCACCUGGCCUGCAACAGAGCCAAGGUGUCACAGCACUUUUAAAUGCAAAAAAAAAAAAUAAAAAAACAACCCCUCACACUACUUUUCUCCCCCAAAAAAACCCAUCCGACCCACCCCCUAUCCAUCCUUCUUGGCUGGUUUUUUACUCCAGCAACGGGGAGACUCCUGUCUGCCACAGCUCUCCCGACUGCCAAACCUUUUCUUUCUCCCCAGAGGUCCAUUUUUUUGCCUCGCAAGAGUGAGAGCCAUGGGCCCUCUGCCCGGGGAGGUGCGUUGUGUUGUGGGUUUUUUAUGUCACCUGCUUUUCAGGCCACUCUUCCCACAAGAAGCUGGACUUGUCGGGGUCCGGCGCUGUGUAAAUAGGACUCCACAGGAUCUGGCAUCCCCGCUGCUGGUUUUUCUCUUCCCCUCUUUGACACUUGCUGCUGUUUGGGGUCCCGGCUGCACCGCGGUGCCGAUCACUCCUGCCUGCGGUGGCCCCCCCAGUAGCUGGACAAUUUCUCACCUUGGGGCCGCGGUUCCAACCGUGGUCCGCUCUCCUGUGCCAAGCCUACACCGAGCCUCGGCCGUGCCAAACAACGGAGCACGUGGGGAUGGUCCAUCCAGCCUCCUGCCCCUGCCCGGGGAUGUCCCCAGUGCCCGUGGGCAGCGCUUGCCUGCACCUGCUGCCCGCAGGGCCCAGCCAGCAGGAGGAGGGGGGAAAGCCCAGGGUGGAGUUUUCUUUUUUCAGAUGUGUUGAGUUUGCAUUGCUGCUUUGAUUUUUUAAAUACAUAUAUAUAGAGCUCAUUAGAUAAACUUGGUAAGGGUUUUUCUCUGCCUGAAUUGGGGAUACUGGCCUGACGCACCCAGGCUUUUUUUGAAAGGGGGAUGAUUCAGCCACACGAACAGCAAACCCCCGGAGUGGGGUUGUGUGUGCGUGUAGCACUAAUCUGGGUGCAAAAGCAGAGCCAAGCGUGAGCAGAGCUGUGGGUUUCACUAGUGUUUCAGGUCAAAUUAAGGAUUCUAAUAAGAAGAGAGAGGCGUGUGUAUAUAUUUUUCUACAGGGACAAUUCAUUCAGGAGGUGUUUCUGGACAUCAGGAUGGAUCUGGGAGAUGCAUGAGGCAGUCCGUUUAGUGGCUCCAUUUUCAAAUACUGUAUUUUUUUAAAACCUUUGGAUUUCCAUCAGGAGAAUUUUUAUAUUUCUAACCUUUCUCAGCCCACUCUGCCUCAUGCCAUUUUUUUUCCCAGGAAAGGGCUGGUGUGGAGCUGGAGGCACAUUCGACCUGGCUUUGUACAGCUCCUCUUUCACCACAGCACUGCCAAGAAAACCCCUGCCAAAAUAUUCCCCACCCCCCACCCUGGGAAUCCUUUUUUUUUUUAAUUC